GUUUUCCGGCCGCGGGGCAUGCGCAGUGAGCGGAAACCCGCACAGGAUUGGGGCGGGGCCGCUCGAGCUCUUAAAGGGACCGCGCCGUAAUUUUUAGAGGGAAAGGAGCUGGUUGUUGCUGCUGUUGCAAAAUGAGCGAAUCCCUUGUGGUGUGCGAUGUUGCCGAAGACCUCGUGGAGAAGCUGAGGAAAUUCCGCUUCCGCAAAGAAACCAACAAUGCGGCCAUUAUCAUGAAAAUCGAUAAGGACAAGCAGCUGGUGGUUCUGGAUGAAGAACAUGAGGGAAUUUCCCCGGACGAACUCAAAGACGAGCUUCCAGAGAGACAGCCUCGAUUCAUUGUCUAUAGCUACAAGUACCAGCAUGAUGAUGGGAGAGUCUCUUAUCCGCUCUGUUUCAUCUUUUCCAGCCCAGUUGGGUGCAAGCCUGAGCAACAGAUGAUGUAUGCCGGUAGCAAAAACAAGCUUGUACAGACUGCAGAACUCACAAAGGUAUUUGAAAUCAGGAAUACAGAAGACCUCACCGAGGAAUGGCUCCGGGAGAAGCUGGGCUUCUUCCACUGAACGGGACCCGGUGCUUCCCGUCCUGCGCAAACUGGAACCCGAUGCGACGCCUCCUCUUUUCUUUUCGAGACCUGCGAGAAGAAGGCACUGUACUUAACAAUGGCUUCCUGCAGUGUGUGUAUAUGCAUGUACAUAAAUAUGUAUAUAUUUUGUGCGUGCAACGUUUAUACAGAUGAGUGGGGGGAGAGCAGCGUUUCCCGCGUAACCAAACUUUGCUUGGUCCCAUCUCCCCAUUUUUGUUAUAACUGUUUGAAAGGGAACAAUUUCUCAUUUGCAGGGACAAUUUCCCCCUCCCGUCCCUCUCUUUGUACUCACAUGACUAAUAUUUCUAUAUGGCUUGAUCCGGAACUUGUAAUUGUUUACUAUUAUGGAGUGGGCUGUCUCUGUAGGAGACAUCUCUAGAGACAAAAACAGCCUUCCAAGUAUUGUGUUUGUGUAUCUGUUUACCUGGGGACUAAAGGGAACGUCCCUGUUCAAAUUUGUCCCUUAUUCAAGUUACAGAUGCAUUCUUUUUUUCAACUGGAUUCUGAUUAUUUACAUGUGAAAACAGUACUGUAUUUCAUGGCUUACACCAGUGCUUGGGACGAAGCACAGUUACCUUAUGGACUACGAUUCCCAGAAUCCCCUAGCUAUGCUUGUUUAGUGAUUUUGGGAGUAUUUUUAUAUAAAAAGGACCCCUUCCAAACACUCUUGGCUUCAUGUAAGCGUCAUAGAGUGUGAACUUCUGCAAACUUAUGAAAUAUUAAUAUCAAUACAGUCUCAGUCAAUAAGGUCUCAUCAACUUGAUGGUUUUGUUUUGGUUGAUCGUGAACCAACAUGAAUUCCCACUUUGGGCGAUAAGGUCUCAUCUUCUUUCGAAACUUGAUGGGUUUGUUUUGGUUGAUCGCGAACCAACAUGAAUUUGGGUCAGGAGUGACUUGCCUUUUAUACGUCUCUAUGUGUCUAAAAAGAUAGCGCUAGAAAGUAGGUUUAGGCAGCAUCGACGACGACGACAACAACACCGCAAACCUUUCAAGGGCUUGGAAACCUUCGGGUGGACACAUCCGUUCCAGGAGACUUUAACGUACUUCAAUUUCCUCUUCUCUUGACUUUUUUGUCUUUUGUACACAAGCACUUCUCAAUCUUUGUGCCUUCGAAAAGUAAUCUCUUGAUUGUAUGGAAAUUAUAUACUGCCAGUUUUUUAAAAAACAAGCAAGCGCUAAACCUGAUUCAGGAUGAUUUUGUCUACAAAUGGAAAGAGCCCUAUAGCGCGGGCAUGGGCAAACUUGGGCAAACUUCCAGGUGUUUUGGACUUCAACUCCCAUCAUUCCUAACAGCCUCAGGCCCUUUCCUUUUCCCCCUCAGCCGCUUAAGCGGCUGAGGGGGGAAAGGAAAGGGCCUGAGGCUGUUAGGAAUGAUGGGAGUUGAAGUCCAAAACACCUGGAAGUUUGCCCAAGUUUGCUCAUUUCUGCUAUAGCAUAUGAUCUCUCUUUUUCUCAUGGCAAGGGUUUGUAUUGCUAUGCAUAAAAGCCAGGAUUAUUUUUGCAUGGCGAAAAAAACUGAUCAAAUAAUAUCCCUCCUGUCUUUCCUGGUCCCCCAUUUGUUUCAUCAGGGUCCAAAAUCAUUAACCAGAACUCGCAGGGAAAUCUUUGUUCGAUAUUGCAGAAUUUAGCUUCCUAACUUUCUCCUCUUUCUCUAAAGCUUUUCCUCGACUUUGGGAACUUUUUGUUGAUCCAGACGUGUCUGCGUCUGGACUUGUGUCUUGGUGGGCAACUACUUUUACACUACUUUUACACCACUUUUAUAACUCUGACACUUCUGCAGAUAUGAACUAACAAGUGUCCACUAGUGGAAUAAUAAUGAUGUAUUAAAUGUCAUUAAACCUUGUAUUAUAGUGUACAAUAAAUGAAUAUAAAUUUCAGAUAAAUUGCUACAAAUGACAAACUGUUGCAUUCACAGUAUGAUGAAUGAUAGUUACAUUCACAAUGGAGUAAACUUUCUUGUUUACUUUCUUGUUUCUUCAUAAAAGAUGAAUAGACCCCUGAUCCACAACCGGUUUCGACUACCUAUAGUCUUCAUCUGGUGGUAAUGUAUCAAGAGAACAAUUUGUAAGCUACUGUACGUUCCCAAUAGGUUCCACGAUAUUAUGAAAGACUUUACAGUUCACUGAGUACAUUCUUGAAUUGUUUGAACUAAAUAACAAAAGUAAGUAGUAUAUAUUAAUAGUUGUCAAUUUUACUAAGCCAGAAAAAAAAUUCAUAUAAUUGUAUUAAUAUUACCCAAUACUUGCAGUCCCUACCACUAGACGAAGAUUAUAGGUAGUCGAAACCGGUUGUGGAUCAGGGGUCUAUUCAUCUUUUAUGAAGAAAAAAGAAAGUAAACAAGAAAGUUUACUCUAUUGUGAAUUUAACUACCAUUCAUCAUACUGCGAAUGCAACAGUUUGAUCGUCAUUUGUAACCAUUUAUCUGAAAUUUUUAUAUUCAUUUAUUGUACACAAUACAAUGUUUAAUGACAUUUAAUACAUUGUUAUUAUUCCAUUAGUGGACACUUGUUAGUUCAAGCCCUUGGGAACCCAUUUUUUCUUAUAGUUUUUUCUUAUAGUACUUCUGUAGACAUACCUUUAGGUCUUGUUGCAUGUGGACAAAUAUAUGCACACCGAACUGCUUUAUUUACUUGUAAAUCAUAGGUGAGCAAAGCACAGCAAGGCCCGGGUUGUCCUUGUCUCAACUUGCAGGCCUUGGCUGCCUCGAAAAUAAACCCACUUGAAGUUGAAAAACUUUAUUUAAAUAAGUAGUACUGCUGCAGGCUGCCAUUGCAAGUAAUUGUUGGAUCUGACAGCUUCCAAAAAGUUACAGACCGUACAUUCAAACAUUUCUUACGCAUUAUUCCCAUGCGUCUGAAGGCGCUGUCUGCUGCACUCUUUGAAGCCUUUUCUUGUCAUUGGUCACGCAAUUAAAACAUUGCCUCAUUACUCCAUUUCCAUCUUUUCCACCUUGGGUAGUGGACUGUUCUCAAUGAGAGAUGCUAUGCCAGCCGGGCUCGUCCCCAUGUAAGCCUCCCUGAGUCCCCUUGGGGAGAUGGAGGUGGGAUACAAAAAUAAAAUAAUAAUAAUAAUAAUAAUAAUAAUAAUUAUUAUUAUUAUUAUUAUUAUUAUUAUUAUUAUUUGUCUUUAGCUUCAGCUAGCAUCUUCUAGAAUAAUAAUAUAAUAACACUUUAUUUAUAUUCUACUCUAUCUCUCCAAGGGAACUCAGAGCGGAUUACAACUUACACAGAUAGGCAAACAUUCAAUGCCUUUAUUACAGUGGAAUAACAAUGACAUACAAAUACACAGAGCAAAGGUAAAGGCUUCCUCUUUCAUUUCUGGCUCAACUCUUGUUCCAUUUCUAAGUUGGGUCUGUUGUCCGUAGACACUUCCUAGUUGUGUUGCCGUUGUACGUAUUGAUCUAAUUACAUUUGCAUGUUUUCGAACUAUUAGGUUGGCAGGAGCUAGGGCUAACGGUCGGGAGCUCACCCCGACCCGAAACUUCAGACUGCCGACCUUUAGGUCAGCGGAUUCAACAGUUCAACAGUUUAACCCAUUGCACCACCGCCGCCUCUUCUAGAAUACAUUCAGAUUCCCAUUAGUGGUUUAUUUAGUUAGAAGCUCAUGUCAAAAAAACUAUUGAUGAACUACAUGACACUCUACAAAAUAUGAAGCAGGAAGUACCAAUAUAAUAUAAUAACAGGACUAUAUAAAGCAUGGCAGAUCCUAUAUACCGCAUUCCAAGUAUCCCAAAAACAAUUGCAUAUAAUAAUAAUAAUAAUUUUAUUUUUAUAUCCCGCCUCCAUCUCCCCGGGGGGACUCGGGGCGGCUUACAAAUACAGAACGAACAUACAAUAACAUCAAGUACCGAAUAAAAAUGUGCAAAUGUAAAUUAAAAAGACAUAAAAUAAAAGAGAUAUGAUUGCACAUUUAUGAAAAAUAAAACAGCAGCAACUCAGAAAUAUAUUUACCUACAUCUAAAUGCGACACAACUAACAAUAAGUCAAACAAACAUGUUAAAUGUCACUUCCAACUUCCAGAUUGCAAAUAUAGUUAGUAAGCUAACUACCUGCUUUGGAUAUAAAAUUACAAAAAUAUCUUAAUAUUCUAUUUCAAGUAUAAUUACAUUCUACUUAUUUUAGUGAAAGGUUAAGAGUUAAUUCUGGCUUCCAGUUUGAUCUCAAAAUCAAAUCUCUAAACUUCUUUGAACCUUUCUAUGCUUUUUCUCACUUGAUUUGUUUUAUAUCUCCAAAAUCUUGGACUUCAUAAUCUGCUCCGUCCAUGAUGGCAUUUCCAUAAAGAACUCUAUAGCUCAGGCAUGGGCAAACUUGGGCCCUCCAAGUGUUUUGGACUCCAACUCCCACAAUUCCUAACAGCCUACCGGCUGUUAGGAAUUGUGGGAGUUGAAGUCCAAAACACCUGGCGGGCCCAAGUUUGCCUAUGCCUGAUAUAGAUGAUGAAUUCAUUUUAAUAGCUGAAAUUCUUCCCAACAGUGAUAGAGAAGCUUUCUUCCAUGACUGGAAGUCCUGUUUUACCUCAUUCCAUAUUUGGGCAUAAUUAUUUUGAAACAGUAUUACUGUAUGAUCAAACAACACCUAUUUCAUUGUUUUCCAGUUGAUAUCCUGCAUUUACACUUAAAAGUUGGUCUUUUUCAUAUUUUUCAAUAUCACUGUUGUUUUGAUUUAGUUAAUUUUGAAACCUGCUCAGUCUUCUUUUUAAUUUUUUUUCAAGUUGUCAAUAGUUUCCAGCUGAUCUUAAAAGAACAACGUCACUUGCAAACAUACUUCAUUUGAAACUUACUCCCUUUAUUCUCUCAUUCUCUCUUAUGGCAUUGUUGAAAACUUCCAAAAUCAUUAUGAAAUGUUAUGGACAUAAAGGGAAAACCUUGAUUAGUAUCCCUCUGGGUUUCACACGAGUUCAUCUUUUCUCCAUUAGUUUUAUUUUGUGCCUCUUGUUCUUCAUAGAUUGCUUUAUACUGUAUCUACUUUACAAAACUAUGCUCGAAGUUAAUCUUGUUUUUAAAUAUUAGAAAGCCCCAGUCAACAUUAUCAAAAGCUUUUUCUACAUCCAAAAAAUGUCAGAGCUGUUUUCCUCUCAUUGUGCUUCUCAAAAUAUUUUAUAUCUACUAAACAUGUUGUAUUAUCUCUCAAAUAUCUUGUACGUUUAAAAAAAAAACUUGGUUGAUUUUCCUGUAUAUCUUAUAGUACUAAUUUCAACAUUUCUUUCACAAUCAAUGUAAAAAGAUCUUAUAAUUAUUCAAUAAAGAAUUUGGUCUGUGAUUCUUAGUAAUCGUCAAAUUUUUAUAAGCUUUUGGGAUCAUGGGAAUAUGUGCAUUUCCCCAAGAAUUUGAUGUUUUCUCUAACUAUUAAGGCAGACUUCACAGUGGCGGAAGUAAAUAUUUUUCCAGAUGUUGAUUAUAUAUUGCUGAGAAACCAUCAGGUCCUGGAGCCUUUCAAGAUUUUACCUUCUUUAUCCUUUACGUCUGCCACUGUAAUUUGAACAUUUAAUUUAUCCUUGUGUUUGUAAUUUCCUAUAAAAUUUUCUCAUUCACAUAGUUUUCUAUCAACUCUUUUCUUAAAAGGAGAUGAAUGGUAUUUAUAAAUAUUCUUUUUAACAUCAGUAAUGUCUAUAAAUCCAUUUUCCCCUGGCUUAUUUUAAAUAUGACUUUAACAUGUUUCUCAAGUUGUAGGCCAGCAAUUGUGGUUCAUUAACAAAUUCAAAAUGGUUUGUUUGACAAAUUUAUCCAUGGAUUUAAAAAAGGAUUUUUGGUAAUUUUGCUUGAUCCCCCCUUAUGUUUUUUUGUAUUUCUGUUAGAUUGAUUGCUCCAUUCCAACCUCAUACAAAAGUCAAAUUUAAUAUGAAAGAUCUAGCAGAUUUCCAUUAAACCUUCAUUUUUAAAAGAGUUAUUUUGUUCUCUGAUGGCAGGCAACAUUCACUAUCAUUACCUUUUCUCUUUGAAUUUGAAUCUUCCAGGAUUUACUUGGCGGUUGUUGCUGAAUUUACAUAAAUCAUUUUCCCUUUUUUCUUCCUGUUCAUUGAUGAAUGAAAACAAUACCCUAACUUUGAAUUUGUCAAACAUUUUUCAUUUUUUGUCCACAUAUGUAUCUUUCAUAACUACGAUUUGUGCUGAUGUAAAGGUUUCUUUCUUUUCUGGGCUGCAUAUAUUCCUUUCACAUUUAAAUCCGACAUCAGGGCAAUUUAUUGUCAGGGUCCAAAUCUCAGUCGUUUCUUCCUUAAUGUUUGCUUAUCCACAUCUUUUUUAGAUCAGUCUUAGCAUUCCUUGAAGUUUAAUAUGGAAUCUUCUCCUUUUCUUUCCUUUGUCAAAUAUAUAAUUUAAUUCUUUGUCUUACUUUUUAAAAAAAUCUCCUGAUCUAUGUUCUAUGCUUUGUUUUUUCUUGUUUUCAUUCCAUUUCUAUUCUUCUAAAUCUUCACUGUGCUGCUUCAGAAUAUCCUUUGCUUUUUAUUAUAAAGAUUUAAUCUGAAGGAGCGUUUUUAUCCUUCUAAAUUGGAUUCCACUUGUUUUAAAUACGCUUGUCAAAAAGAUAUAAUUUCCCCCCUUCCUUACAAUUCUAAGUCUGUGCUGACUUGUAAUUGCAUUCUGUCCAACUCAUAUCUUGUGCACAAACUAUUUGCUGAAAUUCUUCAUCUCUCAUUUGUCUUCUCAGAGAAUAAAUGGCAUUUCUAGGUAGAUUCUUCUUCAAGAAUCCAGACUGAAAAUCUUGUUCUGGGCUAAAAUGUCUCAGUUUAGGACUUUUGGGAUAUUUGGGCUUGCUGUAAUAUCUCUUAGAUAUGUCUACAAGCAGACAAAACUCACUAGUAAUAACAAAAAGGCUUGGAAACAUGAAGGACGGUUGGGAAAUGUAUAUAAGGUACUUUGGGCAUUUAUUAUCUUAAGAAUAUUUUCAUAAUUGCCCAGCGGUCUUUAAUGCAGAAUUGAUAACACUAUGUUACAAAAUUCGAUAAAUUUUCUGUUCCUGGUUUGAAAGUGUUGUUUCCUGUUUAGUUGUGCAGUCUUUACUUUGAAAGUACAGUAGAGUCUCGCUUAUCCAACAUAAACAGGCCAGCAGAACGUUGGAUAAGUGAAAGUGUUAGAUAAUAAGGAUGGAUUAAGGAAAAGCCCAUUAAACAUCAAAUUACGUUACGAUGUUACAAAUUAAGCACCAAAACGUAAUGUUUUACUACAAAUCAACAGAAAAAGCAGUUCAAUACAUGAUAACGUUAUGUAGCAAUUACUGUAUUUAUGAAUUUAGCACCAAAACAUUGCAAUGUAUUGAAAAUAUUGACUACAAAAACAUUGCCUACUAAAAGGCAGAAUGUGUUGGAUAAUACAGAAUGUUGGAUAAGCGAAUGUUGGAUAAGUGAGACUCUACUGUAGUUCUACUCCAGAAACUUUAUUUUUGUGGCAAAAACUAUGUUGAAUUGGUCGAGACUCUAUGAGAUACUCAUUGAAAAACUACAUGCUAUAGCAGGAUGCCCUGCGAAAACAAAGUUUUAGAAGUUUAAUAAACAUUUUCCAAGUUUUUACGAUAGAACCAAUUAGGAAGUGACAUUUAUAAUCCAGUAACAAAAAUCGUGCUACAUAUUGUAAUUGGUUGAAAAGCUGUGCUCCAAGAGUCGUCCUCAAUAGUUGCGUAAUUGAUGGUUGUAAUCAGAAAGCCUGCCUUGAGCCAGAAGGAGAAGCAAGUAAUAAAUACAAAAAUAUUAUUAUAUUAUUAGUACUACAGUAGAGUCUCACAUAUCCAACAUAAACGGGCCAGCAGAACGUUGGAUAAGCGAAUAUGUUGGAUAAUAAGGAGAGAUUAAGGAAAAGCCUAUUAAACAUCAAAUUAGGUGAUGAUUUUACAAAUUAAGCACCAAACGCAUCAUGUUAUACAACAAAUUUGACAGAAAAAGUAGUUCAAUACACAGUAAUGCUAUGUAGUAAUUACUGUAUUUACAAAUUUAGCACCAAAAUAUCACGAUGUAUUGAAAACAUUGAUUACAAAAAUGCGUUGGAUAAUCCAGAACGUUGGAUAAGCGAGUGUUGGAUAAGUGAGACUCUACUGUAUAUUAUUAGUACUACUACUUCCUAUUUUGUGUAAGAAUAUAUACAGUAGAGUCUCACUUAUCCAACAUUUGCUUAUCCAACGUUCUGGAUUAUCCAACACAUUUUUGUAGUCAAUGUUUUCAAUACAUCGUGAUAUUUUGGUGAUAAAUUCAUAAAUACAGUAAUUACUACGUAGCAUUACUGGAAAUUGAACUACUUUGUUUUCAAUACAUCAUGAUAUUUUGGUGAUAAAUUCAUAAAUACAGUAAUUACUACGUAGCAUUACUGCAUAUUGAACUACUUUUUCUGUCAAAUUUGUUGUAUAACAUGAUGUUUUGAUCCUUAAUUUGUAAAAUCAUAACCUAAUUUGAUGCUUAAUAGGCUUCUCCUUAAUCUCUCCUUAUGUUUUAUUGUUGGUUGAUUUGCUUGUUUUUGUUUUGAUUUUGCGCUGUUGUGUCCGGGCAUGGCCCCAUGUAAGCCGCCCCGAGUCCCUUUGGGAAGAUUGGGCGGGGUAUAAGAAUAAAAUUAUUAUUUUAUUAUGACACAGCAAACAAGAUAGAUAUGCUGGAUUUCGUAUCACAAAAUCACAAGUCGAACACUUCCCAAGUGUCUAGGACUGUGUGAUGUAUUUUCGGAUGAUGCAUGCAGAUCCCAGCAGGGUGGCCUUUUAUUAUUAUUAUUAUUAUUAUUAUUAUUAUUAUUAUUAUUAUUAUAUCCAACAUAUUGUUGGAUAAGUGAGACUCUACUGUAUAUAUUUCUAAGGCAAAAAGAGCGUAUUAUUUCGCUCAAUUCUUCUCCCCAGUUCCCAAGGCAGCUUCGAGCUCUUGGUUCUCCCUUGCUGUUUUAUCUUUGGCUCAGUCUAGAAAAUGCAUUGACCUCAAAACAGUCAUGCUGUUCGUCCCAUCAUGUGAUGCGGCUCGAUCGAAGUGAUAGAUUUGCACCAAGUCGCUAAUGAAGGUGGGGACAGAGAGCAUUUUAAUAAAGCCAUGGUGCUACUUAGCAGAACAGGAAUGCUUGGUUGAGGAUGAUGGGCUCUGCAGUCAAAAGCAUUUAGAGCUGGCAUGAGCAAACUCUGGCCCUCCAGGUGUUUUGGACUUCAACUCUCACAAUUCCUAACAGCCGGUAGGCUGUUAGGAAUUGUGGGAGUUGAAGUCCAAAACACCUGGAGGGCCAGAGUUUGCUCAUGCCUGAUUUAGAGGGACAUUUAAAGGGCAACGUCCUUGUAGACAGCCAAUUCUCUCACACCAGAAGCGACUUGUGGUUUUCUCAAGUCGUUCCUGACACGAGAAAAAAUUGUUUACAGCUCCCAUUCUUCCAGCCCUAAAUCUACUAUAACAUUCCAGUUUUUGUCAUAUUAAUAACUAAGUGUAAUUCUAUUAUAGUCGUAAUUCUUCCACCAUGAUAUUUUAUCACUUCUUUGUUUUAAACCUAAACAUAACAUUUUAAAAUUUGACAUCACAUAAUACAUGACAGAUAUUUGGAGACGUAUUACAUCCUAGACAUUAUAUUCUCUUUGUCCAAUUAUACUUUACAUUCGAUCGCUUAAAAUCUUCCCACAAUUGCAAAAAAUAUACACAAUCCCUUCCACUUUGAAAGCAGAUUUAUGUAAACAUGUGUCUUCUUUUCCCCCUUUAAGGACAUCAUCCUCACCUUGAUCUUCCUGCAUUGUAGGUUUUUUUCUUCCUCUUCCUCCAAAGUCGUAUUUCUCUCAUCCGUCUUCAUAUGGUUGAAAUCAUGUUCCAGCAGCAUUCCCUCCUGACGUUUUGCUUGCAUCAGUGGCAAACAUCCUCAGAGGUUUGUUCAAAGGUCUGUUGGGAAUGAGAUUGCAGAGUGUACAUAUAUCUGUGGAAUAGUGUCCAGGUUGGGAGAAUGAACCCUUGUCUGUUGAAGAUAUUGCAAUGAGCAAGCUUGAUUAGCAUUGAGUAUCCUUGCAGCUGCAAUGUCAAUCAGUAAGGUUCAUAGAGGUAGCCUGGCUGUUGUUGCCUGGAGGCAGCCUCUGUUUGGGAGGUGUUAACUAGCACUUGAUUGUUUACUGUCUGGAAUUCCCCUUGAAGUAAUUUUUCCCCCAGAUCAGUACUUCUCUGAACCAUGUUGUCUCAUCUGCCUUAAUUCCUCUAAAAUUGGCCAAUUUUAAUUAUUUCGUUCCAACAGUGUCAUGUUGACAGCUGUCACAAAGUUGGAACUCAUAAAACCUUAGAAUUUCUAGACAACUCAAGGGGCCAUCCAGUCCAACACCAUUCUGGGUUGUUGUAUGUUUUCCGGGCUGUAUGGCGAUGUUCCAGAAGUAUUCUCUCCUGAUGUUUUGCCCACAUAUAUGGCAAGCAUCCUCAGAGGUUGUGAGGUCUGUUGGAACUAGGCAAGUGAGGUUUAUAUAUCUGUGGAGUGAUGUCCAGGAUGGGAGAAAGAACACUUGUCUGUUUGAGGCAAGUGUGAAUGUUGCAAUUGGACACCUUGAUAGCACUGAAUGGCCUUGCAGCUUCAAAGCCUGAUUUCUUACUGCCUGGGGAAUCUUUUGUUGGGAGUUGUUAGCUGGCCCUGAUUGUUUCCUGUCUGGAAUUCCCUUGUUUUCUGAGUGUUGUUCUUUAUUUACUGUUCUGAUUUUAGAGUUUUUAAUACUGGUAAGCAAAAAGGCAAGAGUUCUUUCUCCCACCCUGGACUUUAUUCCACAGAUAUAUAAACCCCACUUGCCUAGUUUCCAACAGACAUUACAACCUCUGAGGAUGCCUGCCAUAGAUGUGGGAGAAACGUCAGGAGAGAAUUCUUCUGGAACACGGCCAUACAGCCCAGAAAACAUACAACAACCCUGUGAUCCCGGCCAUGAAAGCCUUCGACAACACAUUCUGUUAUGUAUGAAGACACAAUGCAAUUCCUCCCGUCAGAUGGCCAUCCAGCCUCUGCUUAUAAACCUCCAGAGAAGGAGAUGCCAUCACUUUCCAAAGCAGCAUAUUCUAAUAUCAAACAGCUCUUACCAUCAUGAAGUUCUUCCUAAUUUUUAGGUGGAAUCUUAUGUAGAUUGUGUCCUUGUCUCUGGAGCAGGAUACAACAAGCUCAGCGUGACAUCCUUGCAAAGAUGUAAACAUGGCUUUCAUGCACCUUCUUAACCAUAUUUUAUUUGACCUCCAUGCAUUCCAGACCUUGGACCAUUCCAAUGGUCCUUCUCCGGACACCGUCCAGCUUUCCAGUGUCUUUUUCUAAUUGUGAAUGUGCCCAAAACCGGACACGACAUUCCAGAUGUGAUAUCUUACUAAACUAGAAUAGACUGGGACCAUGACUCAGUCGCUGUUGUUUCUCUCAGCUAUUGCAUCUGGGUCCCACAAAGUCUUCCUAUACAGUAGAGUCUCUCUUAUCCAACAUAAACGGGACGGCAGAAUGUUGGAUAAGCGAAUAUGUUGGAUAAUAAGGAGGCAUUAAGGAAAAUCCUAUUAAACAUCAAAUUAGGUUAUGAUUUUACAAAUGAAGCACCAAAACAUCAUCUCAGACAAAUUUGGCAGAAAAAGUAGUUCAAUACGCAGUAAUGCUAUGUAGUAAUUACUGUAUUUAUGAAUUUAGCACCAAAAUAUCACGAUAUAUUGAAAACAUUGACUGCAAAAAUGUGUUGGAUAAUCCAGAAUGUUGGACUAGCGAGUGUUGGAUAAGUGAGACUCUACUGUAUUUUAACAUGGGAUCAGAUCUCCUCCACUUUGAGAUGGUGACCACCAUGUUUGGUCUUCAGAUCAGGUAAACAAUCUCUUAUUUUGGACAUUGUUUUCAUCCAUUGGGAGCUGUAUGUCACUUAAGAGUUACACUUCGCCCAUAAAGAUCAACGAGUCACUGAAAGUGCAAGGUGCGAAUGCUACAGACAAGGAUGUACAGCUAUGUACAUUGCACAAACUUGGGCCCUCCAGGUGUUUUGGACUUUAACACCCACAAUUCCUAACAGCCGGUAGGCUGUUAGGAAUUGUGGGCGUUGAAGUCCAAAACACCUGGAGGGCCCAAGUUUGCCCAACUUCAUUUUAUAUGCCCUGAUUUAGUUGACUUUGCAUGGUUUUUUAAAAAACGAAUUUUAAACCACUUUUUUGUUGUUCUUUUUUCUUUGUUUGGCUAAGCAUGGUGCUUGUAUUGGUAUAGAUGAUGAUGAUGAUGAAGAAGAAAUGUUAAUAAAUAAAAACCUGUUAAAUCUAA